UCUAUCACCUAAUAACAAUCGCAACUCAUCCGGAAGGACUGAAGCUUAUGUUAAAUUGACUAACAGUGAUCCUGUGUUGGGUAUGUGUUUAAAGAUUCGUUAAAGAAAUUCCACUAACUGUUAUUUGUUCUGUUUUAACUGCAUAACAGCAAUAACUUCAAAAGCAUUCUUCUGUCAUAAAAUAACGUAUUGUUGGAUUACACUAGGUGCUUUAUGAUGUUGUAUAUUCUAUCUUCAGUUGUUUAAGUGUACGUUUUGUUUAUAAUAUUAACAUUUUGCUUCAAAUGGGUUGCAAAAGAGCUGAGAAUUAUAAUCCUCUAGAAGUUAUGACGCUGUUAUCAUGCAUUGAGAACAAGCCAGAGUUGGCUAUUAGUAAUCUUGGUGGAACUUGCAAGACUUUAGCUGAUAUCGAUAAAGCAUGGGAUCAAGUAGCCGCUGAAAUUAGCAGUUUGCGACUUGGAGUAAAACGUUCUGGAUCAGACAUAAAAAGAAAGUGGAUUGAUCUAAAAUGUAGAACUAAAAAAAAAGCCGAAGCUAUUGAAAAAGAGCCAAACAAAGAAGGCGGGCAAAAGUUGUCAGAGGUUGAGAAAAGGGUGUUAUCAGUGCUUCGAAAUCUGAAAACACUGGAAAGCAGACUUGAGAGGGAACACGUGGUAUCCAAUGAAAUAACUCCCGUUAUUCCAAAUUCGACAAAGGAAGGGACUGUAAUUUAUCUGGCGAGUACUGAAUCAGCACAAAGGCAAGAUACAGUUGUAGAAGAUAUUGUUAUUUCAGAUGUGAGGUCGGAGAAAAGUGCAAAUUAUCCUACUCCACAAACUGAUCAAAAUCUCGUAUCCAGACCCGUCUCCACAUCUGAAACGAGUAAAAGAAAAUCUCUCGAAGAAGAUGAAGAAGAUAUACAAAUUAUUAAGCUUAUUAAAGUACAGAGAGAGUUAGUUCAACAGAUGAAGGAGAAAAAUCAUUUACAAAGAAUGAAAAUGAUGCUGAAAUGUAUGAAACAGAAUGUGUCUUUCACUGACCUGUAUGAUAAAUGUAAAAAAUAGACUUUUUUUAUGUAAGGAUCUCGAUUAAGAUUUUAUGCAUCUCUUUAACUUUCGGCUCAGACAUCCUAGAGCUAAAAUAAUAAUAACACAUAAGAAAUUUUUUAGCUAAAAUGAGCUUAUAUUUAAAGCUUAUAAAAUUAUA